AUGGAUGUUUAUUGCUUACAGCGUGAUUUACCAAAUUUGAAGGUAGCUAAUGAUAACCCCAAAUUCACCGGUCCGAUAGUAAAUGUAACGAUUCCCGUAGGAAGGGAAGCAAUAAUAGAAUGUGGGGUAGAUAACCUAUCUACAUUUAAGGUUGCUUGGUUGCGUGUCGACACUCAGACAAUUUUAACUAUUCAUAGUCACGUUAUUACCAAGAAUCACAGGAUAGGAGUUACACAUAGCGAGCACAGAGUGUGGUACCUGCACAUUAGAGACGUACGGGAAUCGGAUCGUGGAUGGUACAUGUGUCAAAUUAAUACGGAUCCUAUGAAAAGUCAAGUGGGAUACCUGGAUGUGGUGGUUCCUCCGGAUAUUUUGGAUUAUCCUACAAGUACCGAUAUGGUUGUGCGGGAAGGCUCAAACGUGAGCUUUAAAUGUGCCGCCACCGGAUCACCUGAACCUGCAAUAACGUGGAGAAGGGAGGCUGGGGAAGCUAUCGCUUUAGGAAAUGGGCACGAAGUUCCAAGUGUAGAAGGGAGUAUAUUCAAUAUCACCAAAGUUAACAGACUUCACAUGGGACCGUAUUUGUGUAUAGCUUCCAAUGGAGUUCCUCCCUCGGUUAGCAAGAGAAUAAUGCUUAUUGUUCAUUUCCCGCCCAUGAUAUGGAUACAAAACCAACUUGUAGGAGCUUACGAAGGCCAACAAAUUAGCUUAGAUUGUCACUCUGAAGCUUAUCCCAAAUCCAUCAACUACUGGACUAAGGACAGCGGUGUGAUCAUUUCGCAAGAGAAGAGAAGAGGGGUUUAAAAUGGGUCGAGAAAG